CAUUACAUCAAAAUGUUAGCACACGAUUUUCUUAAGAAGAAUGAUCGGGAUUUUGUGCCAGCUUCUUCACGGCAAGUUUUUUUAUUAAAUUAAUAUUUUUCAUUUUUUUUUUCAGCUCCGCGUGGUACUUUCUUAUUCUUAUCAUGGCCAAAAUAUGCAGGUGUACAGGUAUUUUCUUCACCGAUAUCCUUGCCAAACAAGUACACGUUAUUGGUUUACUUUGGUUUGCAAAGGCAAUAGCAUCUGCCGUUCUUUUGCCCACGCAAAAGCCCUUUUCCUCUGGCCGUUCAAUUAGGAAGUCUCUGCAAGUAAGAAUAGCACAAUUGGCUCUUUUUAACACACUGGUCGAAAUAAUUUGGUUUUAUGGCAUUACAUUCUGCGGUCCAUUCCGCUCCAUUCUCGUCUUUGAGCAAAGCCCUACAGUUUUAUUAGUUGCUCUAAUGUUUUUAGUAAAUGGAGGUGGGAAUGCAGCAAAAAUGCGUGGUGUUUUUUAUUUGUGUGUUGGAUGGAUUGUUCUAUUUUUCAUGGAUUCUGAUGCCUCAAACGCUCCCAAUCACUCUGAAGCAUAUAAACAUCAAAGUGGUCUCAAUCAUAUUUUUUACCAUAUUCUUGGAUGGUUUGGAAUUUCUGAUCAUUGUGGUGGCGUUCUUUUGUUGAUGUUAGCCGUCAUUUUUCGUAUGGUUUAUGACUCCAAUUUCAGACAUUUAGCUGUGGAGAUUGGCGGCCCAAAAAGGCUAUAUGCGAUGAUUUGUGUUCUUUCAUCGAUGCUACUUACGCCAUUUGCAGUAUUGUCGCUUGUUCUUAGCUCGUCAUCAAUCGGUUCCUAUUUCGAAUUUCCACUUCUUCUAUUCAUGUCUACUGCGUUCGUAAUGAUUGUGGAUUUUUACGCGGAGCAUAUAUGCUUUCAGCACGUAGCUGAUCCGGUCAUGGCGAUUGCUCGUUGGUCUCCUAUAACAAUGUUUUUGGCGUCCCUUUUGAUCACUUGGCUAUGGGUAGAUGGAUCGGCAACUGGCAGUCAUACAAUCAGUGCAGGAUCAUUAAUAGCUGUUGCUUGCUUUUGCCUAGCCUCGUAUGUGUUCACUUCUCAGGAUUCCCCUCGUUCUAUGGGAGGUCAUUUCAUUGGUAUAUCUGAAGAAGGAAUGCCUCUUUACACACAUGGUGAAGCAUUCCUUCAUAAAACAUCUCGUUCACUCCUACACUUUUUUCAUGAAACAAUCACCGAAAUUCUGGCAAACAGUGAUUCUCGACGAAUUUUUUGGUUUUUAUGUGCUAACUUGGCUUUCUGUGGUGUUGAGUUUCUUUAUGGUUUUUUGACUAAUUCUCUUGGGCUUAUUUCUGAUGGUUUUCAUAUGCUCUUUGAUUGUUCAGCACUUGUCAUGGGCUUGGUUGCUUCUGUGAUGGCACGCUGGACUGCUAGUCGGCAUUUCUCUUAUGGUUAUGGCCGAGUUGAAGUUUUGUCAGGUUUUAUAAACGCCCUAUUUUUGAUUGUUAUUGCUAUGUUUAUUUUCUUGGAAGCACUUGAACGCCUGUACGACCCUCCCGAUGUCCACACUGAUAAAUUAUUGUUUGUUGCCGUUGCUGGUCUUCUUGUUAAUCUUUUUGGCAUGUAUGCGUUUCAUGGUGGACAUGGACAUUCACAUGGUGGAGGGCAUGGACACUCACAUGGUGGAGGGCAUGGGCAUUCACAUUCAAGUAGUGAUGGCGGAGAUCACGGUCAUUCACAUGGUGGAAAUGCAAAUAUGCAAGGCGUUUUUCUUCAUGUUCUGGCUGAUACCCUCGGAUCAGUUUUUGUUAUCGCUAGUACACUACUUAUUCAAAAUUUUGGCUGGCAAUGGGUUGAUCCAUUAUGUUCUUUGAUCCUUUCACUGCUGAUUCUGGGCUCUGUGAUUCCUCUUCUUAAAUCUUCAUCUUCAGUGUUGUUACAAAGUAUUCCUGAUGGUUUGGACGAGAGCAGUUACGAAAAGAUUUCGAAUGAGAUUCGAGCCAUAGACGGUGUACUUGACUUUUCCGACUUUCAUUGCUGGCAAUUAAAAGCAGGAACAAAUUAUUGCAGCAUACAUAUCCAAGCGCAUCCACAAUCAAAUGAACAACUUUUGCGUCAUCAAGUUCAACAGCUGCUGCUCAAACGUCAUCAACUCAAACAAAUCACUGUACAAGUAGAAAAGGAGAGUGCAUUAUUGCUCAAAAGCUCAGAUAAAUUCCAACAACAAAACCCAAACGAAAAUUCUACUUCUUUUCAUUUAAAAAUUGAGAAUUGA